UAAAAAGUUGAGUCUGAAAAAAUGGCAGCCGAAAAGUUUGGAAAUUUUGCUGUUUCUGGACAAGAAGGACGGUUACCAAUGGUGACAGUGGAUGCAUUCACCGAUAUACCUUUUGCUGGAAACCCAGCUGCUAUCUGCCUGCUAAAUGAGGAUAUUCCAGAUGAGACUAAGAUGAAAAUUGCAGCUGAGAUGAAUCUAUCAGAGACGGCUUAUUUACAGUCGGUCGAACCGGAAGAAUCAUUUCAGAAUGUAAGUCGGGUGAAGAUUCGUUGGUUCACUCCCACCAAUGAGGUCAAUCUUUGUGGCCAUGCGACCCUAGCAUCUGCAGCAGCCUUGUUUUACGUUGUUGGUAACAGGUGCGAUUCCAUCAGGUUUCAAUCCAAGAGUGGGGAGCUGAUAGCGAGUCGAGAAGGGAAGUCCAUCGGCUUGGAUUUCCCUCUAAAUAAACCAUCAAAAGAGGAUGAGGCACCUCUAUCAGAAUUAAUUCAGGUAACCAUUGGUGACUAUAAACCCCAAGAAGUUUUUUAUUCUGAAACAACUAAAAAACUGCUGCUUAGACUUUCGGACUCUGAGACAAGAGACACUUUGGAGAGUCUGAAACCAGACUGUACAGCCAUGAUGGCUGCCCCUAAUGCUUCUCACGUACGGGGUGUUAUAGUGACACUGAAGGGUAACCGUGACAACGGAGGCGUGGGCGCAGCAGACAGACAGUAUGAUUUCAUCUCCAGGUAUUUUUCUCCGUGGAAUGGUAUCCCAGAAGACCCUGUUACAGGUUCUGCACACACUGUUUUAGCUGGUUACUGGGCAGAGACACUGAGCAAGAAAGAACUUUAUGCUCGUCAGUGUUCAAAGAGGGGCGGUGAUAUUGAGAUGAGGAUACGGGAUGAAGGGCGCGUUGAUCUACUUGGACGAGCUACGGUUGUUCUUCAGGGUGAAAUUGCUAUUUAGGACAUCAUUCAGGCCCUUGCUUUGGUUAUUUGGCUUGCCUCAACAAGUGUUACAAGUAUAAAGGCCGACUUUGGAUCGACUGCUGUGGUGUCGGCGUUGAUCUUGGCAUUGGUCUUGACCUCAGAGACCCAGAACUUGGACUUGGCUUUGGCCUUGGAGGUCGUGAACUUGACUACAACAUUAGUGGUUAUGAUGACCAUAGUUGUCACUCAUUGAAUACAUUCUGUUAAACAAAGACUGUUGUAGGACUCAAGUAUUUAAAACAAGUUGCAGUGGCUUAACCAACAUUGGGGAUGGGGGUGGGGAUUGGGGAUGGGGGUGAGAGCACCCCCUUUCAGACCCCCUCCCCCAAGUGCAAUGGAGAAAAGCCCCCAAAUCUAUGCCCUUGCCCCUGUUUGCACCCCCCCCCUCAUUUUUUUCAAAAUUCUAGUUGUGACAAUGCUAAGUUUUGAUGUGAAAUAUAAUUAGUCAGUAGUUAAAAGGGAGACGUCCGACUGAGUCAAUAAUUAUUUGACUAAAACACAUGAUUCAUUGAUACAUGUACAAAAAUGUGUGAUUUAUUUCAACGUUUCAAAAUUGCUAUACAGCUUCAUGAGAUAUACAAGUAAUAGAGUGAAAGGGCUUGUGUAAUUUUUUACAUG